AAACCGAUGGUGGGAUCAGACGAAUGGCAUCGUCUCCGUCGCGAAAACCAUAAGCAAGUGGAACGCCGACGUCGGGAAGCCAUUAACGAUGGCAUCAAUGAAAUAGCAAAGUUGGUACCUGGUUCUGAACGUAACAAAGGCUCUAUUUUACAACGAGCAGCAGCGUAUAUUCGACAAUUAAAAGAAGCCGAAGCAUCCACGAUAGAGAAAUGGACCUUAGAAAAGCUACUCACGGAUCAAGCCAUCAACGAACUGAACAGGCAGAUUGAAACGCUCAAAUCGGAUUUGGAAAAGUCCCACUUGGAG